AUGGCAGUCCCAGCCCCAGACCCAACCAUUGAUCUCCGUUGGGGAGAUUAUCGCGGAGCAAUCCACGAGAUAUUUGCACAGAAUGCGAAAAAGUUCCCUGACAGAGAAUGUGUUGUUGAAACCAAGGGCUCACAAUCCAAUGGGCGCACUUUUACAUAUCGCCAGAUCAAUGAGAGCGCUAACCUACUAGCACACCACUUCUUGAGCCAUGGAUGCAACGUUGGAGAUGUUGUCAUGAUAUACGCAUAUCGAGGAGUCGAGCUCGUGGUGGCCUACAUGGGUGCUCUCAAAGCCGGUGCAACGGUCAGCGUUAUAGAUCCCCAGUAUCCUCCCGAGCGCCAAAAAGUGCUCCUGGACGUUGCAAAGCCUAGAUUCCUCGUCUGCAUCCAAAAGGCGACUGAGGAAUCCGGCCCGCCUUCUGACCUCGUCAUGCAAUUUGUCUCGACCGAGUUGAACCUCAAGUCGACCAUUCCAGCCCUCGAGCUAUCCGCCAACGGAGAGCUCAAAGGAGGCAUUGUUGAUGGCAAGGAUUGUCUUGAUGCCUCGGUCUACAGCAGAGAGGACCCUACCAAUGUUCUCAUUGGGCCAGACUCCAUUCCCACUUUGAGUUUUACCAGUGGAUCAGAAGGAAGGCCAAAGGGUGUCCAAGGCCGCCACUUCUCUUUGACUCACUACACGCCUUGGAUGGCAGAGAGAUUUGGUCUCUCGGAUCAAGACAGGUUCACGAUGCUCUCUGGAAUUGCCCACGAUCCAAUCCAAAGAGACAUCUUUACGCCACUCUUUCUCGGCGCCAAAAUCAUCAUCCCCCCAGCAGAUGUGAUUGCUUACGAGCUCCUGGCCGAAUGGAUGGGACAGAACCGUAUCACCGUUACCCACCUGACCCCCGCCAUGGGCCAGAUUCUUGUUGGAGGCGCUACCGCUCAGAUUUCCUCCCUGCGGAAUGCCUAUUUCGUGGGUGAUUUGCUAACAAAGAAGGAUACGACUAAGUUGCGCAACCUGGCGCCUAAUACUCGUGUCAUCAAUCUCUACGGGUCGACAGAAUCGCAACGGGCCGUGUCUUACUUUGAGAUUCCGAGCAAGGCACUGGAGCCCCUAUUCCUAGAUAAUCUACCGGACAUCAUUCCGGUUGGCCAGGGCAUGCAGGGAGUUCAGCUCUUGGUCGUAGACCGCGAGGAUAAGAACCGACUAUGUGAAGUUGGUGAGCAAGGAGAGCUGUUUAUUCGAGCAGGCGGACUCUCAGAGGGCUACCUGGGGAAUGACGAAAAAACCACAGAAUUGAACAAGUCCAAGUUUCUCCUCAACUGGUUUGUUGACCCGGCCGUAUGGGCUCAGCAGGACAACCAAGCGAGUGCCGCCGAGGCUUACAAGCCAUGGGGUUAUAAGGGGCCGCGAGAUCGCCUGUACAAGACCGGCGACCUUGGCCGACGCCGCGAAGAUGGAAGUGUAGAGUGUACGGGGAGAAUCGACGCCCAAGUCAAGAUCCGCGGCUUCCGAAUCGAGUUGGGGGAAAUCGAUACACACCUCUCACAGCACCCGUAUGUUCGCGAAAACGUCACUCUGGUCCGAAGAGACAAGGACGAGGAGCAUACGCUCGUCACAUAUUUCGUUCCCGAGACGAAGCGCUGGUUCGAACACGCUGAAAAGGAGGAUGGAGAACUGGAACCGGAUUCACAAGAUGAGUCGAUGGGUCAGAUGCUUCGGCGGUUCAGGUCACUUUCCGAAGACUGCAAGAAGUUUCUUGCUGCCAGAGUCCCUAAAUAUGCCGUUCCUAGCCUUUUUAUUCCUUUGGCUCGGAUGCCAUUGAAUCCCAAUGGAAAGAUAGACAGACCUGCGCUCCCAUUCCCUGACGCAGCGGACCUCGUCUUCCUCGCGAAGCGACGAGCCUCGUCCACUGUCGUCAACUUGACACAGACACAGACUCGCCUGGCUUCGAUAUGGGCCUCUGUGCUUCCAAACACCUCAGCACGAAUGCUUAGACCGCAAUCCAACUUCUUCGAAGAAGGAGGGCACUCUAUCCUUGCGCAGCAAAUGUUUUUCGCCGUUACCAAGGAAUGGAAGGACAUCAACCUGCCCAUAAGAGUGAUUUUCCAAUCCCAGACUCUCGAGGCUCUUGCCUCUGAGAUCGAUCGUGCCCAGGACCCCAUCGGCCUGCGUCUCGAUGCAAUGCCUCUUGAGGCAGACAAGAAUGUCGGGGACGAGGCGUACGCGACCGACGCAAGAGACCUCACAAGCCAAAUCCCAAAGUCCAUUUCCACGGCAGAAUCAAGCUGGGACUUUGCAGCCACCACACCCCGAGUGCUCCUGACCGGCGCCACCGGCUUUUUAGGUUCAUAUAUUGUGCGCGAGUUGCUCGAAGGCCCUACCAAGGCACAUGUUAUCGCUCACGUACGAGCAAAGGAUUCAGCGGAUGGUCUCGCUCGAUUAGAGAAGGUGAUGACAGCCUACGGUCUAUGGUCUCCAGCGUGGACAGCUUCGUCCAGGCUUGAAGUCGUGGUGGGAGACAUCAGCAAGCCGCAGCUAGGCCUUUCCCAGGACAUCUGGGAUCGCCUUUGCAACGAGGUUGAUGCCGUCAUCCACAAUGGCGCCCAGGUCAACUGGAUGCUGCCAUACUCGAGCCUUCGGUCAGCCAACGUGCUCAGCACACUGGCCUGCAUUCAGCUCUGUGUUACUGGAAAGGCCAAGAGACUCUCAUUCGUCAGCUCAACCUCGACACUGGACAACGACCAUUACGUCGAACUCACUAGCAAGUCCGGGGCUUUCGUGAUGGAGGCGGACGAUCUAGAGGGUAGUCGUAAGGGCCUUGCCACGGGCUAUGGGCAGUCCAAGUGGGCAAGCGAGCUCCUUGUUCGCGAGGCUGGGCGUCGAGGCCUGGCUGGUGCCGUUAUCCGUCCUGGCUAUAUCACGGCCGAUCCAAGAUCCGGCAUUUCAGUCACAGAUGACUUCCUAGUCCGGCUAUGGAAGGGAUCUUUGCAGGUAGGUGGGCGCCCAGAUAUUGCAAAUUCACUCAACGCCGUCCCUGUCACGCAGGUCAGUCGUAUUGUGGUUGCUUCCGCAUUCCACCUCUCUGCGGCAACCGGACAAUCCGUGGCCGUAGCACAGGUGACCGGCCACCCGCGUAUGACGCUUAAUGACUGGAUUGGUGCCCUUGAGGUGUUUGGGUAUGAGGUGCCGAAGAUCCCUUACCCCGAUUGGUCUGCAAAGGUCAAGGGGUAUGUCGGCGACGAUACCAAGGAGGAGCCUCAUGCUCUGCUCCCUCUCUUCCACUUCGUCGUGGGAGACUUGCCCGGGAACUCCAUUGCGCCAGAGCUAGACGACGCCAAUGCCAUGGCCGCCUUGAAGCUCUACGACGGGUCUGCUGUUGGAUCCUCUAGCACUUUGGAUGUACAGGCUCUGGGCACAUACUUGGCGUAUCUGGUUGCUAUUGGGUUCCUCCCUCCCCCUCCAGCCGGGAACAGCGGUACCCCAUUGCCAAAGCUGGACAUGGCUUCGUCUCAGGUUUUGGCUGCCAGUCAGUUUGGCGGCAGAUCUGCGAAGCCGUAA